AGUGAAGUUCCCACUAAACAACUUGAACUAUCCCACCCAGCCUUAUCAUCAUUCAUCAUCGUAUCAAUCAUGAAGGCAUUAUUGAUCCCAUUGCUUUCACUCAUAUUAUCCAUCCUCAUUUCCGCUGCCGCCGCUGCCACUUCACCGUCUACCGCCGUUCUUGACGUCAAGGGCAAGCCGCUCAUUGUUGGCUCAAACUACUUCAUCCUGCCGGUGUUCCGCGGCAGAGGCGGCGGGGUUUACCCAGCCAACAUCAAACAGAACAAGACCGUUUGCCCACAGGACGUCAUCCAAGAGGCCAGCGAAGUCCAGAAAGGCAUACCCGUCGUGCUCACUCCGGUCAACGCCAAAGAUGGUGGCGUGGUCCCACUUUCAACCGAUCUCAACGUCAGGUUCUUCACGCCGACAAUCUGCGCCAAGGAGGUGGUGUGGAAACUUGACGCCUACGAUGAGUCCUCGAAGCAGACUUUCGUGAAGACCGGUGGGGCCAUAGGAAAUCCUGGGAUUAAUACGCUGAGCAGCUGGUUUAAGAUUGAGAAGUCCGAUAAUGAUUACAAGUUUGUGUUUUGCCCGAGCGUUUGCAGCACAUGCAAGGUCAUUUGCAGAGAUGUUGGAGUGUUUGUGAACAAAAGUGGUGUCCGUUUUUUAGUUUUGAGCGAUGUUCCGUUUAAGGUUCAGUUCGAGAAGACAUUUUGAUUCAUUCCCCGGCCGUUACGUUAAAUAUCAUCUUCCCGGCCGGCCUGGCUAAUAAUGUCUACUCCCCGCCUCGAUCAGUGUCUAACUGAUUUAUAGACCCGAAUAAAUAUGGGAAGAUAUCUUAAAAUGUCUUGAUGAAUCCAUGUUAUUACUUCCUUCUGUCCUUAAUAACUUUGUCAACUUUCCGUUUUUUGAUGUCCCACUAAUUUUGUUACUUCACUUUUUAAGUAAAGAAUUUGUGAUUCUAGUUAAUUCUCUCUUCUCU